UUCGUCAUUCUUCGCACUAGUGUGGUUGGCUGGGUGGACGUGCUACAAACUCUGUCACUCUACAAGUAAAAAUACUUUAUUUUACCGUGAGGAAGGCCGUAGGGGCGGUUCUGGAGCGAGUGAAGCCCGUUUCUGAGUCCGGGUCUGUCGUGUUGGAGCUGCUUCGGAGGCGUUUCUGCCGUCUUUCCACGGUUCAGCCCGGGACCGAGAAAUCUGAGCGACUGAAGGUUUAUGUUGCUGAAAAUGUCUUCUAAGAUGACGAGGUCAGACAACAUAACCCAUGCAAGAAAGACAGUUCAGCAGCUACGAGUGGAGGCCUGUAUUGAGAGGAUAAAGGUGUCCAAGGCUUCAGCUGAUCUGAUGCGAUACUGCAGUGAACACGCCAAGUACGACCCUCUGCUCAUGGGUAUCCCUGCCUCAGAAAACCCCUUCAAGGACAAAAAGCCCUGCAUUAUAUUGUAGUUCGCCCA